UAUCAUAUGGAAUAAAAAUUGUUAAUUAAAUGGUGCACAUGAGAGAAACUCAAGAGAUCAUAAUCAUUAAUAAUGUUAGUCAAGUGCGCGCCUCUGCUCGCCAGCUUGUGGUCUUAAAACCCUGCUUCGUUUAGCCAUUCCUAUGGGAAAAAAAUGAACGACGAAAUAUUAAAGUUUUGGAAUAAACGUCAAAAAUAAGGUCUGCGGUUAACACAGGAGUUUACACGUUUUUUCUAAGAUAUAAUAGCAUUCAGUUAACAUGACUUUAGCGAAUUAUGAAGCCUUUGUGUUUUUUUGUUUUACAUAAAUUCGUCAUAACUCACAAAGUGACAUUAGCCGAUUAAGAUUAUUGUAUAGAGUAACAUUUAUAAAAUGGCCUGAACCCGUGUUUACCACACGUUAUUUUCGGCGUUUAUCCAAACACGCCAUUAAUUUCCUCCAAACACGCCAUUAAUUUCCUCCAUAGGCUUUGUCGAACGAACCAUGGCGGAUUAUAGUGCCUACAAAAAGACGCCAUUACUAUUUCUGUCUAUGCAGGUGUCUCGUCUCAGGUGCCUGUCCAGUUCAGACCUUCAACACUGGGUUUUCACUUGACUUCGUAUUCUUUUCCUGUUCUCCUCAAAUAGGUUUGCCUAAACUAUUUGAUUUAGCAUAUAUUUUUUGCUUUCUAAAACAUUAACCAUGUAUUUUUCAGGCGAGUCAAAACUUUGAAUUGUUGUCUGCUUAAGAGAAGCCAGCUGGAUGAAAACGAUGCGUGAGGUAUCAAUUUAUGCCUGUUGAAUAGGCACACUUGGAGAGGAGCGAAGGCCUAUGUUUUUCCGUCACCGUUGGUUACCGUGAGUGACGGGGUAAAGAUGUCUGUGAUGGAAAACAUAAAGAAAGAAAGAGGACAAUUGAUUAUAUCGAUUCGCCGUUUUACCAGGAUAAACUACAACUGUACAAGCUGAGGGUAGUCGUUAUUUAUCAACUAAACUCAUGAUCGUGUAUGGAGUAUGGCAGGUGUUCACAUAUGACAGCAAAUUAUAGUGACUAGUUAGUUGAUCAUUCUCUUGUGAAAUAAAACGGGGGCUGGUCGGGAACUUCUGAUUGUCAAGAGUUCCCAUCCCUCUUCAACACUAUGGACGUCGUCGACUACAGAAGCGAGUUAAGGAUGUCAGACGGAGAAGUCAAAGCCUUCCUAGACGCGGACAGAUUCACGGCUGUCGGGAACGGGAUUCAGGGUGAUGUUGAAUAUAGAUUUGUGGAUGUCCUGCUAUUUGGUGGGGCACCUUGGGGGUUCACCCUGAGAGGGGGUCUGGAGCACCGAGAACCACUGCUCAUAACCAAGGUGGAGGAGGGCAGCAAGGCGGCGACCGUCAGCCUGCAGGUGGGAGAUGAGAUCGUCAACAUCAACACAGUUCCCAUCAGUGGAUCCAGACAGGAGGCCAUCUGUCUGGUCAAAAGCUCCCACAAGACCCUCGCCCUGGUCGUCAGAAGGAAAAUGAAAAUGGUGGAUAUUGUCUCACAUACCACCACGCCGUCAGAAUCAGAAACUGACAAACGUGUGGCCAGGAACUUUCUCACCAAGAUAUUACGAAGCUCUAUGAGGAAGAACCGCUUCAAGGGGAGGAAUGAACCCGUCUCCCGGCCCCAUUCAUGGCACUCCUCCAAGUUCACAGAAGACCACCCCGAACCCACAGAGAGUCACAACGAGCCUCCACCUGCACCCCCACCUGUGUGGCAGGUCAAACAUGAAGUCAGUGCAUCCACAAAAGACCUUUCCAGCUGCGCGGACCACGACUCGAAUCUACGCCAGUUAUCUAGCCAGUUCAGCUCCGUGGGGAAUAUGGAGAGAGUAGAGCGUCCCUCACACCCCUACCCACCAGGAUGCCUCUCCCCCAGCAGGUACCACCGCAGCACUGAGCCUCUCUCUGGGGGUGGAGUGUCUGGUGGGAAGAGGGAAUCAGCCUUCAGCUGCCUGUCCUCUACCAGCCCUCCCCCGGAGCCUGCUCUGGCCCUCACCAACACUGAGGCGACUGAGGGCAGCGUGUUCUAUAAGGGGGUCCAGACUCAGACCAGUGAGGUCGGAAGGCAGGGUGAGCAGCGCCACAGCCGGUACCUCCAGCUGCCCCAGGGGGACGGAGGCUCCGAGAGCCCCAGGACAGUCCCAGAGGAGCAGCCUGGCUCCCGCUACUCCAGCUCAGGCUCUGGCAGGUCGCACAUAGGCCCUGUGUGGCACGUCCCAGAGAGGAGGAAGGUAGCAGCCCCCCUCUCUCCUCCUCCUCCUCCCCUGCGCAAUGACAGCUUUGCUGCCACCAAGGUGUACCCUGCCUACACAGAGGGGCCUGGAGCUCCACCACAGGCCCUAGAGAACAGCAGCUACAGGGCCCGGAGCAACCAUAUCUCUCACAAUGAGAAUGGGCCAGACCCCAGGUGCAGUUACAACCCUCCACCUCACAAUACAGACUUCCUCCACCCAAACAUAGCUGCAGGUGCACCUGACUACAACCACAACCAGCUCAGCAACCCAAACAAACUGUUCUCGCUGUCUAGCCAAGACGUGAGACAGAGUCAGUCUCCCUUCGCUUGCCUGCCCAACCAUCAGCGGCAGUACAGCGAUGAAAGCACUUUCUACCUGCAGACCAGAUCCGCCCCACAUCCACCGAAGCCGCAGAGCGUCGGAAGCUACUACCACAGCCUCCAGGAGCUCCCUACCAACCGGAGUAACAGUAGGAACCACGUGAGGUCCUCCACGUCCCUGUCCACCUCGACCAUCGACCAGAACUAUGACGGCGGAGGACACAUCAGGUACUACUGCAUCACAACCAAGCAGCCAGCCCAGCCAGAGACUCGUGUUAGACAGAGCAAAUCAGAGGUCUGGAUGGCUGACAUGGAGCUAGCUAAGGGCUCAAACGACAGGGGCUCCACAAGUUCCUCCCACAAGACCAACAAGGUCAAGUAUCAUCCUCAGCCGCCUUACGCCAACAGCAAAGAGCGGAACGGAAAUGUCAAAGCGGCCAACGUUCUGCUUUACAAACACACAGCCUCUAAUUCCUCAUCUGGUAAACCUACUACUGAGGAGAGUCAGAGGAGGAGCGAGUGCCAGAGACCUACAGAGGCCCAGCUUAGAAGCUCUUACUCUCCCAGUCCGCCCAAGGACCACAAGGCGGCACCUCUGAGAGAAGACCCUUGGGUCUCUCAGGAGAACCAUAAGAUCUCUUCUCAAAAGACACCCAUUCUCCACAGUCUGGCUCAGGGGAGUAGAAGCCUAGCCCAGGAGAUUAGGAGCCCAAUGCUUCAUUCUCUAGCCCAGGAGAUUAGGAGCCCAAUGCUUCAUUCUCUAGCCCAGGAGAUUAGGAGCCCAAUGCUUCAUUCUCUAGCCCAGGAGAGUAGGAUCCUGGUGGAGAAGAUUCACUCCGCUACGGCACCACCACCAUCCAACGGCGGGGGAGACACCAACCACGCCAUACAGGAGGCUUUAACAAACAACACGGCAACGGGCAAACUGGCGAGACGCAGCGACCGAUACGCCACCACCCUCCGCAACGAGAUCCAGCUAAAGAGGGCCCAGCUGCAGAAAAGCCGGAGCGCUGCCACCCUGACCUGCCCCAGCGAGAUGGAGGAGCCAGAGGAGGAGGCAGACCCGGGGGGGUGGAAGUCCACCUCCUCCGACGGCUCCUUUUCCUCCUCCUACAAGGACCACCUCAAGGAGGCUCAGGCGAGGGUCCUGCAGGCCACGUCCUUUAGGAGGAGAGACCUAGAACCUCCCGGGUCAGGGUCGGAGGCUCAGUUAACCAAACCCAACUCACACAUUGUCUCCCGCAUUGGCGGCCGCAAACGUUUCCCUCUGAACAAGAGGGUCCACUCGUUCUCCGAGCCAGACAAGAUCAACAAGCUGGGAGUGGAGGGUGAGGGAGAACAUCCUGUUGGAACAGCACAGCCGUUUGUAGAUCGACAGAAGGUCUUUGAAAUGGCUGCUAAACCUGCCUUCUGCAGACCCAUCUCAACCAUCCACAAGUCAGGCCAGCAGAGCUCCAGCACCACCUCCGGCACUUUGGAGCACGGAGAGGGCAAGGCCAGAGGGAGAGCCCACUCAGGAGAAUCUCAGGAGAAAUACCCAGACCCCCUCAGCCCCGCAGGCAGACAGGCCCUACUGGAGCAGCAGAGGCUGGGGACCUUCACCGAGUACCAGGUUACCUGGAACAUGCAGAGGAAGGCUUCAGACACAAAGACCCAGGGGAGGUACCACUCUGCUGACGACAUCCUGGACCAGGGAACAGAGGAGACGCCUGUCUGUGUCCAUGAGAGGUCCAGAUCGUCUCCCUCACAAGACUUCUACAGACAGAAGAUCCCUGUGCCAUGGAGAGAGACUGUUGAAAUUCUGGACCAUAGACAGGACCAGCAAGGAGGCAGUUCCACCACCAGAGGGCCGAGCGAGAGCCAAGAGCAGCCAGCCCAGCUCCACCACUUUCCACAGCCUCCACAACCGUCUAUUCCAAGACUGACCGACACAGAGCCACACAGCAGCAGAGACGUGGCCGCCCCCCUCCCUCUCCCUCACCCCUCUGACCACAGAUACAAAUGUGACUCUGCGGACCCCGGCCACAACCUCUCCGCGUACCCUUCCAACCACACCCACAGCUCUGUGUCUGAGCAACCACUACCACCUCCAACGGCGGCUCCCAAGCCCCAGAAUACAGGCCUCAUCAUCAUGCCACAGUGGCCUCUCCUAGGCCUGGAAACCCCCUCAACCACAUCCUCCACAUACGGACUGUCUUCCCAGGAAUUCCUGCCUGGCCCUUGCACCCAUCAGGCUGAACCAUCAUCCAGCAGCAGCUGCUCCUCCCAUGGCACAGAGCUGGAUCCUGCCCCAAACCAAGCCUGCUCCACCCAGCUCCCCUCUCCCUCCCCUGGGAGAACCGCUGGACUGGGCACGGAGGAGGGAGCAGCUGAUUCAACACUAGAUCCGCCACCCUCCCCCUCUUCCCACUCUCCUUUAUUCUCCUACCAGCCUGCCAGUCUGACGGUUCCCUCCUCAGGUGGGACUAGUUCUCCCUCUCCUCAGUUUGCUCCACAGAGGUUGACGGACCAGCCCCCUGUCUCUGUGUCUGUGCAGGAUGAAGCCCAGAGCAGGCCAGAGAACAGGACCAACGCUGUGAUGGAGAUGAGCAGUGUAGGGAAGAAGGUCCCUGUGAAGAUCGUCCAUGCUGAGAGCAGCACAGAGAGGGAGAGCCGCCAGUACCUGCUGCACAGCGAGAGAAAUGGGGCCCCUGGAGUUUCAGAGGGGCCCGACUUUCCCCCGCCCUUACCGACCAGCCUGCCCUCCCCUGAGCCGCAGCCCUACUCCCUGUUCCGUGCCUACACCCCCUACACACGCCAUGGGCCCCAGAGUCCACCCAGGGACCCAACCCUCACUGUAGCCCCUGAAGAGGCCCUGUCCCUUGGGCGGUGUCAGACCAACGGGACGGCGGUACCGGAGGGGCCAUGUCCCCAGCAGCCUCAGAAGAGUAACUCGGAGGAAGAUGUGAAGAGAGAGGAGCUGGCCAGAGACAUCAUGGACAAGGAUAAGUCCCUGGUGGACAUCUUGGACCAGAGUAAGAUGAAGACCACCAUGGAUCUGAUGGGGGGGAUCUUCCCCCAGGGGGAGCAGAUCUUGGAUGGGGGGCACCAGAGGAGGAAAGUCUCCCCCAAACAGUGUUUGCCGCCCAGGGGCACAGAUGACAGGAGAGAGGAGGGGGGCGUGUCUGCUGCCACAGGGGCCCUGGUGACCAGCUCCACCUACUACAGUACAUCUGCCCCCAAGGCUGAGCUGCUCAACAAGAUGAAGGACAUGCAGGAGGAGGAGCUGGAGGAAGACUCCGAGGACGAACUGGACAUCGACCUGGCCAGCAAGAAGCAAGAGCUGAUUGACAGCCUGGGUAAGAAGCUGCAGGUGCUGCGCGAGGCCAGGGAGAACCUUCAGGAGGACCUCCACGAUAACAACUCUCUGGGGGACGAGGUGGAGGCCGUGGUGCAGAGGGUCUGCAAGCCCAACGAGCUGGACAAGUUCAGGAUGUUCGUGGGAGAUCUGGACAAGGUGGUCAGUUUGCUGCUCUCCCUGUCCGGCCGACUGGCCAGGGUGGAGAACGCUCUCAACAGUCUAGAGGAAGACACCACACCGGAAGAGAAGCGCACCCUGUCAGAGAAGAGGAAGCUGUUGAUCAGACAACACGAAGACGCCAAAGAGCUCAAGGAGAACCUUGACCGGCGGGAGCGCCUAGUUUACAGCAUCAUGGCUGCUCACCUCAGCCACGAGAGCCUGGCAGACUACCAGCACUUUGUCAAGAUGAAGUCAGCCCUCAUCAUCGAGCAGCGCAAGCUGGACGACAAGAUCAAACUGGGAGAGGAGCAGCUGAAAUGUCUGCUGGAUAGUUUAUUGUUGGAGCAGAGGCUGCUGUUCUGACGAUUGCUAGUGCAAUCUGAGAUCCUUGGGACGUCCAUACCUUAACCCCUACCCUAACCUUAACCCCUACCUUAACCUUUCAACUUCAAUAGGGUGACAUCAGUUGUGACGUCCCAGGGGUCUCAUUUAGUCUAUUCCUUCUGACAAUGGCCACACAGGUAAUGUGGUGUACUGACACAGACUGGCCACUAGAGGGCCUCAGAGGUGCUGUUGGACUUGGAUAUGAUGGAGGAUUCUCUGUGUGCUUUGUGGUCGUUGACUGACUGACUUGAAUGAAGCCUGUUACAUUUCAGUUCCACAGUACAGACAGGAGCUGUUUUUCUGUGCUGAAGAAACACCCCGUUUCUGGAUUUAAAGUAGCUCCUUCGAGGAAAUUCAUUAAGAUCGAUGAAACGUGUUUGAUUCAGGGAUGUUGGUGAGGCCUAUGCUCUCAAAUGAUUCUCAAGACGAGGCGGAGCGUCUGUUUUAUAUCAUGCGUGUUUGAAAGAUGAUUUUAGUAAUUUAUUGUAGCCUUUUAAAUAUUUACAGAUGACUUGACAUUUCAGGUAAACUCACCUAUAAACCUACGUUGUAGUUAAUGACAAUACAAAUGAUAUAUACAUAUUCUUAUUGUGAAGUAUAGGUUUUAUAAUUAGAUCAUUAACAGGGUUUUUCCUCAAUGGGACAGUGCUGGUUUGGUUGAGAAGUCUAAAGUUGUUUUCAUAUUUGCCCAAACAGUACUUGUCUUUCAUCAUAUUACACACACCACUAAUAGCUACAGCACAGAUGUAUGUUUUCAACCAAUCUUGUUCUCAGGCCCCACUUCCCGUACAAUAGUAUGGUAUUCCUUGACAAUGUUUAUUUCUUACUCAUGUGCAGGGGUUGAUGGGUUACUGGUCUUUUUUUAAUUCCAAAAGUAUAAAAAGGUAAUUAAAGGUUUGAAAUCAGUUCUGGGCAGCAGGUAACCUGGUUAUAGAGGUGAGCCAGGAAACCAGAGGGUUGCCAGUUGCUGGAAUCAAAUCCUAGAUGCCAUUGCAUGCCAUUUUGCCCUUGAGCAAGGCACUUAACCCCCUCCCCCACAACAACUGCCCCCUGGGUGCCCAGUGUGGCAGACCCCUGCACCACUCCAAAACAUGCAUGUGUAUUUUCAGCUUCCUUUUGGAGGAGUUGGGUUAAAAGCGGAAGGUGCAAUUUACCAAUAAAUGUAUCUUAAAAUCAAAGACCGAAUUAGCACUUUUAUAGUCCCAUAAUUCCCCUGUUUAGGGACCUAUCUCAACCUGAUGUUGUGCCUGGGCGUCUGCCACUGUGAACACUAAAGGAUUUGUAUGUCCAUGCUUUGUAUAACCAUACAUGCAUUGUACUCUCUCAUCAAUUUGAAGACAAUAAACAGUAUGACUGAA